AACUUCCCUCACAGGAAACACUUCAUAUAUUAUAAGAAUGUAAAUUUCAGAAGAGACUCAGCCGUCGUCUUGUGUGAUGUGUUGCAAUCUGCACGGAGCGUGUAAACGCGGCGGGAGCGCAGCGCAGAGCGCGACAGCGACACGGCGGCGCUGCGGGGAGCGAGCGAACAGCAGCAGAAAAACCUCCGGCUCCUGCUGACAUCUUAUAUCCCGACACGGAGGCUUCAAACGGCGGAUCUGAGCGCGGAGAUGCCGGGGAUGAUGGACAAAGGUUCGGAGUAUUUAGGGAAAGGUCGCUCAAACGGCACCAAGAGUCCGUCCAACGCUUCUAACGGACAUUUUUCUGACGAAAGCGGCAGCGACGACGAACACGAUGUGGGUAUGCGGGUUGGAGCGGAUUAUCAGGCCAACAUUCCCGACUUCGAGCCCGGUUCCACUAAGUACACAGAUAAAGACAGCGGAGGGAUGCUGGUCUGGUCUCCGUAUCACAACAUCGUCGACUCUAAAUUGGACGAAUACAUCGCUAUAGCCAAAGAGAAACACGGAUACAACGUGGAGCAGGCGCUCGGCAUGCUCUUCUGGCACAAACACAACAUCGAGAAGUCUCUGGCCGACCUGCCGAACUUCACCCCGUUUCCAGACGAGUGGACGGUGGAGGACAAAGUUCUGUUCGAACAGGCCUUCAGCUUCCACGGGAAGAGCUUCCACCGGAUCCAGCAGAUGUUACCAGAUAAAUCCAUCUCCAGUCUGGUGAAGUAUUAUUACUCCUGGAAGAAGACUCGCUCCAGAACGAGUCUGAUGGACCGACAGGCUCGCAAACUGGCCAACAGAAGCAACCAGGGCGACAGUGACGAGGAGAUGGAGGAGGCCAAUCCGAUCGAAGCAAACGACAGCGACUACGACCCCAACAAGGAAACCAAGAAAGAGAACCAGGUGGAACCGGUGCUGCCGGGCUCCAAGGUGGCUUUGGGUCGGCGGGAGCACCAGACGCUGCAGCACCGGCACCACCAGCGCUCCCGCUGCCGCCCGCCCAAAGGCAUGUACCUGACCCAGGAGGACGUGGUGGCCGUCUCCUGCAGCGCCUCCGCCGCCAACAGCCUCCUCCGCCAGCUCGACAUGGAGCUGGUGUCCCUCAAGAGACAGGUCCAGAACGCCAAACAGAUGAACAGCGGACUGAAACACAUGUUGGAGUCUGGCAUCGAGGAUUUCAAGCUGCCGGAGUGCAACCAGAAGGUGAACGCUCGCUGGACCACGGACGAGCAGCUGCUGGCAGUUCAAGGUGUCAGGAAAUACGGGAAAGACUUCCAGGCCAUCGCUGACGUCAUCGGUAACAAGACGGUGGGCCAGGUGAAGAACUUCUUUGUAAACUACCGGCGGCGGUUCAACCUGGAGGAGGUGCUGCAGGAGUGGGAGGCAGAGCAGGGAACACGAGCUCCCAGCGGAGACAGCGCCACCUCUGGAGAGGAGGGGAAGAACAGCUCCACCACUCCGUCAGGGAAGAGCACCGACGAAGAGGACGAAGAGGGUCAGGUGACCUCCUCAGGUGCGUCUCCUGCUGCCUCCUCGUCCUCCUCAGCUCAGACUCCAGUGACGUCCAGCGCCGCCUCCUCCUCCUCCCUCCACCAGCCCCCUCCUCUCCUGCGGCCCUCCCUGCCGGCCACGCCCUCCCUGCACCGCCAGCCGCCACCCCUCCAACAGCAGGCCCGCUUCCUGCAGCCCCGCCCCACCCUGCAGCAGCCCCCGCCUCUCAUCCGCCCCUCCAACCCCCUCCCCCCACGCCUCAACCCCCGCCCUUCGGCUCCCAUGACCCUCGGCGGCAACCCGGGGGUUUCGGGCCCAAGCUCCGCCCAGCAACCCUCUAGCCUGGUCGUCCACCAAUCAGAGACGGCUUCGUCUUCCUCCCUCCACUAACGAACGUCAGACUGAGUUUCUGUAAAGAGAAAUAUCGUCUGCAGGGCUGCGUUCAGGUCCUGUGGGAAAAUCUGAGUGACUUUGCGGUUUAAAAUAACCAGAAAACACCAACACUCAUCUUUCACUGACUUCACUGACUUACUUCAACCACAAAGCAAAAAUCUAUUUGGAGUUUUUAUAUUUACAGCUGAAGUACAGAAGAAGAAGAAGAGGUAAACAGUAUUUUAGGAGUUGAUGUUUGUUUUUCCCGUAGGACUUACAUGCAAACAUAACUGCUGGUUGAUGGGCACCUGGUUUCAAAAUGUCUGUUUUGCAAAGGAGGUUUGACUAGACGUCAGUGCAGAUCAGUAAAGCAGAGACUUUUCAAUCAACUAAUCAUCACCAGACUUGUGGCGUCCCACAGGGUUCUAUCCUUGGUCCCCUCUUUUUCUCCAUUAUUGUUCUUCUAUGCGGACAAAACUGCAUUAACCACCAACAAAAAUGACCUGCCUGUAAAACAUUUGAAAGCCACGAUGUAGUCACUCUCAUAAGCUGUCUUGUAGAUACUCAAAGUUGGAUGACGCAUUGUUCUAACUAAAUAAAUCUGAAUCAGAAAUAAUGAUCACACUAAAAUCUAAAACUACCAUAAAUUAGAAUCAGUGUUAUUUCUUACAUUAAGAAACUUAUUUUUUUUUAUCUUUUUCAUUUAACUGUCCUCCUUCCAGGGUUCAUGAGUCUCCACUGACGUUUGUUUCUCAGCCCACCUGAACUUCACCUGUUGAUUUUAGCUGUACUGGUGUCAAAUUUGGAAAACACUUUAAGAUAACUUCAGACUGAUAGUCUUGUGUUUAAAGGUUAUGUCUGGUGAUAUUCUUUAUUUUUCUUAUUGUAAAACCCACACAAACAAUGUGUUAGUCCGACUCCGUCUGUGGCUCUCAGCUGCAAGCCCAUUGGUCCCCACUGAAGACCUAAAUGUAUAAAAUCAUCUCACAAAUAUAUAGUUUCAUGUAAAAAAAAAAAAAAAAGACUCAGUGAUUUCCUUAAACAGCUGCAAACAAACAGGAGGAAAUACAGUAGUGCAUUUGUUGGGGACUACUUUCAGUGGCGGAUGAAUCAACAUUGGGAGGUCUACGGCCCAGAGGGAUCAGAUAUAUCAGGCUUUGGAUACACACACAAUACUUGUUAGUAGAUCAGUUCAUUGUUGGUUUGACUCUGUAGAAGAAAAAUACAGAAUAUCAGCAGACUAAAACUUAAAUGUUCUGGUACAAAGGUUCUAGUUGGAGUUGAUCCCUGUUUUUAUGAUUUGUUGUCAGUCAACAUGGCGGCGUGUCCAUGGUAACCAGCGGUAAAUAAACCGUCUGACAGGCGUGUACAGUAACGUUAGACAUCAACAUGUACAGUUUUUAUCGACUUGAAUAAUUUGUAACCUGCUAAAACUAAUCGUCCAUCCAACCAGCCGCCAAUAAGUCGUCAACUGUGACAAACAGCUCCUGUACAUUCAGUUUUACAGUUGAUUUGAUGCUUUUUGAAAACACUAAAGCUUCACCCAGAUGUCCGUCAGUCUCUGCAGAAAUGUCUCCUUUAUCCAAAUGAAACAUCUUCCUCACUAUUCUUUUAACUGUUCUGUUGUUAGAUUACAUUUUCUCAGAGUAGCUGUUGUUUUUCUACAUGUUGAAGAUUCAUUUUGAAUCUAAAAAGCAGUUCAUCGUCAUCUGGAGUCUGAGCUUCAGAUGUGCUGUCAGUCUGUCCUUUCAUUAUUUAUUCUUCUUCCUGGUGCUACCACUUUGGACUCGGUGUAAAAAAAAAAUCAUUGUGAAAGUGCUCUUAAUUAAUGCUUUUUGGACAAACGUAUCACGGCAUUAAAUGUGACUGGAAUCAUAGAGUCAUACAUAGAAUCCUUGAGUUUCAGUAGAACUUGUAAAAUAUUGAUGUUAAGAUGAAGCUGCUGGCUGUUCUCAUUAAAAACUACAUUUGUACCGUC